AUGGCGACAGCAACGACAACUUCAACUGCAACGGCUAAUGUCAACUCAUUUCGGCUGGAAAACCGCCACAGCCAGGUUCAGCCAAAACAGAAUGAACCAGGCAGGUUUCGGUCACAACAGUUUGUCGUGAUAACGCAACUUUCCGCCGUCACUCUCACGGCCAGCGUGAUCAAUGGUCUGGUCAUUGUCGGUUUGCCAACGAUCACCAAAGAUCUCCAGUUGUCAUCUUCGUUAUCCUUCUGGCCAUCGUCAGUGAGUAGCCUCGCUACUGCCUCUACGCUUCUCCUGGCCGGGUCAAUUGCCGACACUGUUGGUCCACGAUGGGUUGAACUUGUGGGAUCUUUCGCCAGCGGAGCAUUAAUGCUGGGCCAAGGGUUCGCUCGCAAUGGUGAAGAGUUGGUUAUCUUAAGAGCUCUUCAGGGUGUUGGUCUUGCACUUCAUCUGGCAUCAUCAGUAUCUAUCAUCACGCAACUUCUACCACAAGGAAGAGGCCGAAACCUGGCUUUCUCCUUGCUGGGCCUCAGUCAGCCCCUCGGUUUCUCGCUCGGCCUUGUCGUCGGUGGUAUUCUCGUUGAUACUAUCGGCUGGCGAGCAGGAUGGUACAUUUCUGGUGGCAUCACCCUGUUCUUCAGCGUCGUCGGUCUUUGGGCUCUUCCUAGGAGCGAGACUCUUACACACGCACAGCUCUUACACAAUGUCAAAACCAAGAUCGACUGGGUCGGCGCCGGUCUGGCUUCUGCCUUUAUGGCUCUGCUGUGCUAUCUUCUAGCCGUUGUGAGUGCGGAUCCCUCCAGCAUUAAAUCGGCUGGAAACAUUGUCAUUCUCUGCCUGGCUGUAAUUGCCGCUCCGUCUUUCGUUGCUUGGGUCCAAUACCAGGUCAAGAGGAACAGGCCAGCACUCAUUCCCAACUCUGUCUGGAAGAAUAUGUCCUUUUCGACUAUCUGCGCUACCGUCGCAUUGUCAAAUGCAGUCAUCAACUCCAUGGAGCUCUUUGCCAGCUUGUUCUUCCAAGAGAUCCAAUCGCUCUCCGCGUUGCAAGCAUCCAUUCGCAUCCUUCCCAGUCUCGUAGUUGGCUCACUGCUCAACCUCGUCAUUGGAUUCUUCGUACACAAAGUUCCCGCCGUCUGGAUUGUCGCCAUUAGUUCUCUCCUCUGCGCCGGCUCACCCUUACUCAUGGCUGUCAUUCAGCCAUCAUGGCCGUACUGGGGUAAUGCAUUCAUCGCCCAGCUAUUGCAGCCCGUCAGUUUUGACGCUCUCUACACUGUUGGGCUGAUCGUCAUCACAAACGUAUUCCCCGACGAUACUCAAGCCCUCGCAGGUGCUGUCUUCAACACCUCGGCACAGUUCGGCAGUGCUCUCGGACUCGCGGUUCUGCAGGUUAUUUCGACAGUUAUCACUGAUCAGUCGAACAAGCAGGAGACACAAGCACUAAUGGAUGGAUAUCGAGCCAGUUUCUGGACGAUGUUCGCCUUUAUGGUUCUCUGCACGGUUAUUGGCUUUUUCGGGAUGCGCAGGGCUGGCAGAGUGGGAUUGAAACAGGAUUGAUGGAAUUAUACAGAUAUAUCUGGCCGAUAUGUUCAUGGUAUUAUGCGAUGCCCAAAUACUAAUUCUGGUCACUUCAUAAUCGUGUAGGGAUAUCAGGCAAAUCAAUCUAAGCUGGUACACGGUUCAUCCUCUCCAAAAGGUCCACUGCAUCGGCGCGAAGAACGGCCACAUCGAGGGCGAAAGCAUCCUGGGGAUUCCUCCCGGGAGCGAUAUUGGACCCAAAGAGCAUCCGUCGGGUCAGUCUGAUGGGUUGAGUAUCUGGCUCGGCUGGGAUGGGGAAGAUUUGCUAGCGACUAGAUCAGAAAAAGAUACUUGAAUGAAAACAAAAUAAGAUGAAC